AUGACGCGCGGUCGCGCAAACGCGCGCGACGUCGCGACGACGCGCUCGCCGGUGCGCCGCGCGCGCGAUGCGGUCGUCGACGCGAUCGUUUCCCUCUCGCACGGCACCGGUCGACAAACCGCGCUGCAGUGGCUCUCCUUGGCGCUCAUCGUCGCCAGCGCGCUGAUGGUGUGGAAAUCGCUGAUGUUGUUCACGCAGAGCGAGUCGCCGGUCGUGGUCGUGCUGAGCGGGAGCAUGGAGCCCGGACUGCGACGAGGCGACUUGCUGCUGCUGGAUAACUCGCGCGGGCCGAGCGAGAUCGGCGACGUCGUCGUCUUCAACAUACGCGGACGCGACGUGCCGAUCGUGCACAGAAUACUACACGUACACGCGAAUUCGCCCGCUGACGUCGGUUCGCGGUUGAUGCUGACGAAGGGAGAUAAUAAUUUCGCCGACGACGGCGCGCUGUACGCGCCGGGACAGCGAUGGUUGCGACAGGACGACGUCGUCGGACGCGCGGUGGUGUUCUUGCCGCACGUCGGGCGGCUGACGAUAUUGAUGAACGAUUACCCGUGGUUCAAGUACGGGUUAAUCUCGAUUUUAGGGUUUUUCGUCGUCACUGGGAAGGACUAG